CUUAUCACACUGUUGGAUAGACUUCGUUUACUUCUGUUGGUGGUAAAGACAAUCAAAACAGCCUAGCCGACAGCAUAUAGCAAAUAACCAAUCGGUGGAGAGCUCUUCUAGCCAAUCAGAGGCGGAAAAGGCGGUACCUUCCCCAACCAUCCUCAAGACUGUAUGGCUGCUGCCUGGAGCCUCCCGUCCAUGGGUGCAGAUCCCGGGGGGGGACGGGGGGGGGACAUGUCUCCCCCCAAAUCCUGAAAAACACAAAUUGUCCCCCCCAAUUCUAAAUAGCUAAAAUGACUGAAAUUGAACAAAUGUAUACAGUAGUCCUAUAUACUGGGAGAAAGGGAAGAUGAUGAGGAGAAAUGGGAAUCCGUGAGAGGUGAGAGAUGAGAACGUGAGUGGACAUAACAUGCCUGAGACCCUGAAACUAGAAGUAGCAUUAACUAACAGCGAAGCAGUGAAAAGGAGGGUGAUGGCUGGUUCCAUGUACUACUGGCUGUUUAAGAGAAAUAAACAGUAAAAGGUAAGCAUAUGAUUCUCUUUGUAGUGCUUUUUGAAUGACUUAAUGAUGGUGAUGAGCCUCUAUGAAAUCGUGAAAUAAGUGCUCUGUGGGCAUGCUUUGCACACGUGCAAUUAAAAAAAAAAUCACAACUGAUUGUGUCCCCCCCAAACUUGUCAUCAGAUCUGCACCCAUGCUCCCGUCCCAUGGCUCUUGUAUCAUGACCUCUCAUCUGGUGAUAAAGACAAAAAAUAUCGCUUGCGGGGGACAGUUUGGCUCUCAACUCAAAGUGUCACUUUGUAACCUGUAAACUGUGACGCUGUUUUUUUGUCACCGUGUUGCAUUGAAGGCACUGUAAAUAUGGCUUUUACAAACUUUUUAAUCAUGUCAGUCUUUUCGCCAUGGUCUUAUUUGUGUCAUCAGUUAUAUUAUUCAGUCUGAAAAACAAACAAAGAAAAACGGAUGAACGCCAGCCAUGUUUUGUCCUGUGGGCGUCAAAAAAAAAAAAAAUGGCUGUGGGCUUUUGGCCAGCUGUUUUUCUUGUCUUGAAAUGGGUAACGUUAGCAUUAUAAUCGAGAAUAACAAGUUUCUGUUAUCUAGUUUUACCUCAACGCUAUGCUCUGCUUCAGAUAUUUAUUGUCCUCUGACAAAGCAGAAAAAGUGGACAAAAGGUCUCAAACAUUAAGGUAGGGGUGUCAAACAUACAGCCCAGGGCCACAAUCAGCCCGCCAAAAGGCCCAAUCCAGCCCAAUGGAUGACCUUGCACACUUCUUCACUGGUGAUGCACUUGGAGGCUAAGAGAUGCCAAGUUAACAGUGAGUAGCUUUCUUCUUGUGAAAUACUGCUGAAGAGUCUUUUCCACCCUGAACAGAAUACAGUUCGUUUUUAUUCACUCUAGGAGUGCAAAUACACAGAAAAGUGCACAUGUAAAGACAGCGAGUAGUAGACUGACUGAAUGUGGAAAGAUAUCACAGACUGUUUGUCACCUGUUUUGUAUAUGGAUCAGCGUUUUUUGAAAUUUACUUCUUUAAACAAAAAAAGGAAAAAACUGAAAACUGUAACCAGUAAGCAGGGUGAAAUAAAUACAAUUAACAGCAGCUUUGAUUUUUCAUUUUAGAAUGAAAUGCUGAAAAUGCUGCUGUCAUGUGUAAAACUUUUUUUAUGCUCUGAACACAGUACCACAUUCCUGGGAUGUUCUGUAAUACCUGAGGAAGAGCUGCAGCUCAAAGGAUUCAGUCAAAGUGCUCUGCUGUAGACGUCAAGCAUGCAGCCCUGGAAGUGGGUUAGCUCCUGAGACCAGACUAUCCAGUGCACAGAAUGCCUGUGAUGAGCAACUGGCCAGGGCCAAACUGGAUUUCUCCUUCAGUGGAGGAGCACGCUGCAACAGAUGGUGAGAAUUUGGUCAAGUCGGAGAACACUUCAACAGAAGAUGUGGUGUUGGUCCAGUCUUUGGACAAUCUCCCAGAGCAGCAGCAGCAGCAGCAGCAGCAGCAGCAGCAGCAGAAGAGACCAGACUAUCCAGUACUCAGUGGGAUCAUGUGUGACUGGGAAAGGAGAACAGAAAGCAGAGGGUCCUGUGAUUCUGGUGUUUCCUUCAAGAGUGAUCGGUCAAGAGAACUCGGCAUUGAUUUCAAAAAAAGAUCCCCUUUCAGAAGGAGAACAGAAAGCAGAGGGUCCUGUGACUCUGGUGUGUCCUUCAAGAGUGAUCGGUCAAGAGAACUCGGCAUUGAUUUCCAAAAAAGAUCCCCUUUCAGAAGGAGAACAGAAAGCAGAGGGUCCUGUGAUUCUGGUGUUUCCUUCAAGAGUGAUCGGUCAAGAGAACUCGGCAUUGAUUUCAAAAAAAGAUCCCCUUUCAGCCCAGAGCAGCUCCUGAGACCAGACUAUCCAGUGCACAGAAUGCCUGUGAUGAGCAACUGGCCAGGGCCGAACUGCAUUUCUCCUUCAGUGGAGGAGCACGCUGCAACAGAUGGUGAGAAUUUGGUCAAGUCGGAGAACACUUCAACAGAAGAUGUGGUGUUGGUCCAGCCUUUGGACAAUCUCCCAGAGCAGCAGCAGCAGCAGCAGCAGCAGCAGCAGCAGAAGAGACCAGACUAUCCAGUACUCAGUGGGAUCAUGUGUGACUGGGAAAGGAGAACAGAAAGCAGAGGGUCCUGUGAUUCUGGUGUUUCCUUCAAGAGUGAUCGGUCAAGAGAACUCGGCAUUGAUUUCAAAAAAAGAUCCCCUUUCAGCCCAGAGCAGCUCCUGAGACCAGACUAUCCAGUGCACAGAAUGCCUGUGAUGAGCAACUGGCCAGGGCCGAACUGGAUUUCUCCUUCAGUGGAGGAGCACGCUGCAACAGAUGGUGAGAAUUUGGUCAAGUCGGAGAACACUUCAACAGAAGAUGUGGUGUUGGUCCAGCCUUUGGACAAUCUCCCAGAGCAGCAGCAGCAGCAGCAGAAGAGACCAGACUAUCCAGUACUCAGUGGGAUCAUGUGUGACUGGGAAAGGAGAACAGAAAGCAGAGGGUCCUGUGAUUCUGGUGUUUCCUUCAAGAGUGAUCGAUCAAGAGAACUCGGCAUUGAUUUCAAAAAAAGAUCCCCUUUCAGAAGGAGAACAGAAAGCAGAGGGUCCUGUGACUCUGGUGUUUCCUUCAAGAGUGAUCGAUCAAGAGAACUCGGCAUUGAUUUCAAAAAAAGAUCCCCUUUCAGAAGGAGAACAGAAAGCAGAGGGUCCUGUGACUCUGGUGUGUCCUUCAAGAGUGAUCGGUCAAGAGAACUCGGCAUUGAUUUCAAAAAAAGAUCCCCUUUCAGCCCAGAGCAGCUCCUGAGACCAGACUAUCCAGUGCACAGAAUGCCUGUGAUGAGCAACUGGCCAGGGCCGAACUGGCUUUCUCCUUCAGGGGAGGAGCACGCUGCAACAGAUGGUGAGAAUUUGGUCAAGUCGGAGAACACUUCAACAGAAGAUGUGGUGUUGGUCCAGCCUUUGGACAAUCUCCCAGAGCAGCAGCAGCAGCAGAAGAGACCAGACUAUCCAGUACUCAGUGGGAUCAUGUGUGACUGGGAAAGGAGAACAGAAAGCAGAGGGUCCUGUGAUUCUGGUGUUUCCUUCAAGAGUGAUCGGUCAAGAGAACUCGGCAUUGAUUUCAAAAAAAGAUCCCCUUUCAGAAGGAGAACAGAAAGCAGAGGGUCCUGUAAGUCUAGUGUUUCCUUCAAGAGUGAUCGGUCAAGAGAACUCGGCAUUGAUUUCAAAAAAAGAUCCCCUUUCAGCCCAGAGCAGCUCCUGAGACCAGACUAUCCAGUGCACAGAAUGCCUGUGAUGAGCAACUGGCCAGGGCCGAACUGGAUUUCUCCUUCAGGGGAGGAGCACGCUGCAACAGAUGGUGAGAAUUUGGUCAAGUCGGAGAACACUUCAACAGAAGAUGUGGUGUUGGUCCAGCCUUUGGACAAUCUCCCAGAGCAGCAGCAGCAGCAGCAGCAGCAGCAGAAGAGACCAGACUAUCCAGUACUCAGUGGGAUCAUGUGUGACUGGGAAAGGAGAACAGAAAGCAGAGGGUCCUGUGAUUCUGGUGUUUCUUUCAAGAGUGAUCGGUCAAGAGAAUUCGUCAUUGAUUUCAAAAAAAGAUCCCCUUUCAGGCACUAGACGAUCCGAGACCAGAUCCAGGUGUCUAAAGUGGAAUGGAAACAUCACUGAGCCAACCGUCAGCAGCUACCUCUGCUCGUCUGUUCAGCACCUCGUGUCUGCUGCUGCUUCCACUCACUUAAAUUU